AUGAUCAUAACACAGUUGCCGUUAACGAAUACCGUCAAGCAUUUUUGGGAGAUGGUUUGGCAAGAAAAUGCUCAAGCCAUUUUGUUGCUGUUAACAGUAAAUGAGUGGAAGCAACACGCCGAGAAAAUACGGCUGAUCCCAGGAAAAGGGCGUUGUCUGCACAUUGAAGACUUCUUGAUGUUAACACAUAAGAACGAAAUAAAUGUAACGCCGGAAUGGGUGGUGCACGAAUUUUAUCUGACGAAAAAUAACGAAACCCGUCGUGUUUUGUGGCAUCACUACAAUGCCUGGGAGCCGAAUAGGCCGCCAGCUGAUGGUGAACACCUCUGGCCAAUACAUUCUUCAUUACGGUACUGA